AUUGACAGCCCGUAUUUUGUGAAUCGUGAUUCGUGACGUGAUGAAAAUUUUCAUCUUACAAAUUUUAUCAAAUUUAUGCUAGAAUACUGUUUACACUGGCUAAACCAAUCUAAAACAAAGUAAAUUCUUAUAUUUCAACAACAUAUUUUAAUGUGAUUGGCAAGGUUAAACAAAAAAAAAUACAAUGUCAGACAAAGGUACAAUCCAGCCUCUCGUCAAAAUCGGUCACUAUAUCCUCGGUGCUACCCUUGGAACUGGAACUUUUGGCAAGGUUAAAAUCGGAGAACAUCAACUUACGAAACACAAAGUGGCCGUCAAGAUCUUGAAUCGACAAAAAAUCAAAAGCCUCGAUGUGGUGGGCAAGAUCCGUAGGGAAAUCCAAAAUCUUAAGUUGUUCCGACAUCCACACAUCAUCAAACUGUACCAGGUUAUUUCGACGCCGACAGAUAUUUUCAUGAUUAUGGAAUAUGUUAGUGGAGGUGAAUUGUUCGAUUAUAUUGUCAACAAUGGGAAGCUGCAGGAGUCGGAGGCCCGUCGAUUCUUCCAACAGAUAAUUUCCGGUGUCGAUUAUUGCCACAGACACAUGAUUGUACAUCGUGAUUUGAAACCCGAGAAUCUCCUAUUGGAUCAUAAUCGACACGUUAAAAUUGCUGAUUUCGGACUUUCGAAUAUGAUGCUAGAUGGAGAAUUUUUAAGAACAUCAUGUGGAUCACCGAAUUAUGCCGCGCCCGAAGUUAUUUCAGGAAAACUUUACGCUGGUCCCGAGGUUGAUAUUUGGUCAUGUGGUGUUAUUUUAUAUGCUUUGCUGUGCGGAACCCUUCCAUUUGACGACGAGCAUGUUCCUACCUUGUUCAGAAAAAUUAAGUCCGGAAUAUUUCCCAUUCCUGAAUAUCUAAACAAACAGGUGGUCAGUUUGCUUUGUCAGAUGCUUCAAGUGGAUCCAUUGAAAAGAGCUACAGUAGAGGAAAUCAAGAAACACGAAUGGUUCCAAAAAGAGUUACCAGCCUAUCUUUUUCCAUCUCCAGUAGAGCAAGAUUCAAGUGUUAUCGAUACUCAUGCCGUUACCGAGGUUUGUGACAAAUUCGGCGUCAAAGAACAAGAAGUACAUAACGCACUUUUAAGUGGUGAUCCCCAUGAUCAACUGGCUAUUGCAUACCAUUUGAUUAUUGAUAACAAACGUAUCGCUGAUGAAGCAGCGAAAGCAGAAUUGAAAGAUUUUUAUGUUGCUGGUAGUCCACCACCGGCUCCAGUUCCAAGCGAGAAGGUAACGCCUGUAAACGAUCAGUUUAAAUCACCCCAAAUUCACCCCGAACGUAUUGCUCCACUGAGGGAAAGACCUGCUACCACUGGAAGUGUUCCGGUUCCAUCACCGAACAUAACAGCUACGGCACUACCGCUGGAUAAACAUCGCGGAACGCCAGUCAAACGAGCCAAAUGGCAUUUGGGUAUUCGAUCCCAGUCGAAGCCAAACGACAUCAUGCUGGAAGUUUACCGAGCAAUGAAAGCACUUGAUUUUGAGUGGAAAAUUAUCAAUCCUUAUCAUGUUCGUGUUAGAAAGUAUAACGAACGUAACGAUAAACAUGUAAAAAUGUCUUUACAGCUUUAUCAGGUGGAUGCAAAAAGUUAUCUCUUGGAUUUUAAAUCUUUAACCAAUGAUGAAGUAGAGCAAGGCGAUGAUGUGAUCAUGGAAAGUCUUACACCUCCACCACCGGUUGGUUUUGGAGGAAUGGGAAUUCCCAAUCAACCUACCGGUCAUCACACUAUGGAGUUCUUCGAAAUGUGUGCCGCCUUGAUAAUUCAAUUAGCCCGUUGAAAACUGAAACAGAUUUCCAAUAUUCGUUGCUAGAUCAGUAUCCAAAGUUUAUAUUUUAUUGAAUAAAAUGUAACUGUACAAACGAUAUAAAAAUAA